ACUUCGUUGCCCUAUGCUUUUCCUCGACCUGGUGUUCUGAAUGUUUGAAUCCGUGCCGCGUCACUGCCGACCACAUCACCGCAAUGAUUCUGCGCAAGCGCUACUGUUGUUUCCUGCGAGCCACCGCCACAGCUGGGGCGGUUCCCUUCACUUUGGCAGCAGCGGCAGAGCGCAUCGCACGCAGCCCGCUGAAUCAUCGUUUCUACUGUCAUAGGAGUCAAAGGCUGGCUUAACGAAAUUCACGUACGGAAAUUUGGACCUCCCAAUGGAGGACAAGACGCUGCCCCCGUAUGUUGAUUAUGUGAAUGAUGCUUCGGUCACGUCGGUCCAUGGAGAGCUAGCGCCUUUAAAGACACCACCGAAAAAAGCACGGAAGUCUCGUUCCACAGCGAUGGGAUUGUUGAAAGUUGCUGUUGCAGUUCUCCUGAUCACAACAGUGGCUUCCCUGACGUUAUUAUUUCUCAAACAAGGACAGCCCACUCCGAAUGUAGAGUGCAUAAAAAUUGCUGAUGCUCCAGCUGAGGGAGCGGCUCCGAGCCGUGUUCGGCGUGCGACCAUUCCACAAGGAAGGGAGUCUCCGAAUUCUCUCCCGGGAGCACGUCUUGGCACUUUAGACCUCGGGACCACAUCAGGGAUUGAAAGUCGAAAAGGAGGUCCAGACCUCCCUGAUGUAACCAAGCUGACGUUACUCGCCGCUGGGAAUAACUACAUCACCGUUGCCUGGGAAAGACCAAAGGCUAGCUUCGAUUACUACUGGGUGUCCGUCACCGACGACAGAGGCGAGAAACACCCUAAUUCUGGAUCGUGCCCCGACGGCACAAUCAUUCGCCAAGACCAGACCCAGGUCACAUGCACAGGCCUCGAGUCUUGCAGCAAUGUGACCAUAAGCAUACGUACACACAGAAACGGACCGCCGGAGCGUACAUCCAUAGGAGUUGCCCUCCCGCACAUCUUUGUACCGGGUAAAGACUGUCAGCAGAACCUGUGCUACGAGUGGGUGCCCUGGAGCGGAAAUACAGUCCCAGAAAACGCGGUGGCAGGCGGGCAAGACAAGGCCGGCACCCUGUACGUCUGCCGGGCCAAACACGAGGGUCUAUUCAUACCGGGAAAGUUUGCAUCCUGGGAGAGCACCUGCUACGUUCCAUACAACAGAGGCGAACAGAGCUACAAGGACUUCGAGGUUCUUGUCGCAGGGAAUCCCAGUUAAAUGGGUGUCGGUUUUGGACGGCUCACAACCUAGCGGAUUCAUCCAGGUUGACAGCACCUCUGCCUUCGAACGCCUGUACAUCGGCUGCACUGUGGCUGGCUAACCAUUGGGAAAGUCCUCUGGUCGGACGGUUACCUCUACAUACUUAUUAUAGACAAGGACGACUAGUACGAAGCACUAGUCAUCAAUUCCAUGAACUGCACAAAUGCUGGCGAGAGCAAUUUAAAGAAAUUUGUUGCGUUUAAUAACUAAAUCAAGAUGUAGCGCAAUUGUUAGAAUCAACGUUAAGCGAAGCUGUGUUUGAAACGUUUCAAUAAAAUGUUAUGCCGGAUGGCACAAGAU